UUAGUGAGGAUCACACUGGACUUCCUGAGGAGGAUGAAGCAGGAGGAGCUGGCUGAGCAUCUGAGGAGCAGAACUUCUGCUGCUGACUGCCAACAGAAGCUGAAGCGUGGCCUGAACAAGAGGUUCCAGGUUGCAUUUGAAGGAGUCUCUAAAGCAGGAGAGUCCACCUCCCUGAACCAGAUCUACACAGAGCUCCACAUCACAGAGGGAGGGGCUGCAGAGGUCAAUGAGAAACAUGAGGUCAGACAGAUUGAAACAGCAUCCAGGACAGCAGACAGAGCAGAAACAAGCAUCAGACCAGGAGACAUCUUUAAAGCCUCACCUGGAAGAUCUCAACCAAUCAGAACAGUGCUGACAAAGGGAGUGGCUGGCAUUGGGAAAACAGUCCUGACACAGAAGUUCACUCUGGACUGGGCUGAAGACAAAGACAACCAGGACGUCCACUUCACAUUUCCAUUCACCUUCAGAGAGCUGAAUGUGCUGAAGGAGAAGAAGUUCAGCUUGGUGGGACUUGUUCAUCACUUCUUCACUGAAACCAAAGAAGCAGGAAUCUGCAGCUUUGAAGACUUCCAGGUGGUCUUCAUCUUGGACGGUCUGGAUGAGUGUCGACUCCCUCUGGACUUCCAGCACACUGAGUUCCUGACUGAAGUUACAGAGUCCACCUCAGUGGAUGUUCUGUUGACAAACCUCAUCAGGGGGAAACUGCUUCCCUCUGCUCACCUCUGGAUCACCACACGACCUGCAGCAGCCAAUCAGAUCCCUGCUGACUGUGUGGACAGGGUGACAGAGGUCCGAGGGUUCACUGACCCCCAGAAGGAGGAGUACUUCAGGAGGAGGCUGAGUGAUGAGGAGCUGAGCAGCAGGAUCAUCUCCCACAUCCAGACCUCCAGGAGCCUCCACAUCAUGUGUGGAAUCCCAGUCUUCUGCUGGAUCACUGCUACAGUUCUGGAGCACAUGUUGAGCAGCGAGCAGAGAGGAGAGCUGCCCCAGACCCUGACUGACAUGUACUCCCACUUUGUGCUGGUUCAGACACACAGGAAGAAGCUCAAGUACCAUGAAGGACCUGAGACGGGUCCACAGGAGCUGACAGAGGCUGACAGGGAGCUUCUUCUGAAGCUGGGCAGGAUGGCCUUGAAACAUCUGGACAAAGGAAACAUCCUGUUCUACCAAGAAGACCUGGAGCAGUGUGGUCUGGAUGUGACUGAGGCCUCGCUGUACUCUGGAAUCUGUACUCAGAUCUUCAGAAGAGAGUCUGUGAUCUUCCAGAAAGCCGUCUACAGCUUCGUCCAUCUGAGUGUUCAGGAGUUUCUGGCUGCAGUCUCCAUGUUCCACUGUUUCACCAGCAGGAAGAGAGACGAGCUGAAGACCUUCUUUGGAGAGGAUCAUGCUUUCACAUCUCUUGAUGAUUUCCUGAAGGUCAUCCUGCAGAAAUCCCUCAGGAGUCAGAACGGCCACCUGGACCUGUUUGUCCGCUUCCUUCAUGGCCUCUCUCUGGAAUCCAACCAGAGACUCUUAGAAGGUCUGCUGGGUCAGACAGAGAUCAGUCCAGAAACCAUCCAGAGAGUCAUCCAGAACCUGAAGGAGAUCAACAGUGGAGAAGUGUCUCCUGACAGAAGCAUCAACAUCUUCCACUGUCUGAUGGAGAUGAAGGACCUCUCAGUCCAUCAGGAGAUCCAAGAGUUCCUGCAGUCAGAGAACAGAUCAGAGAAGAGACUCUCUGAGAUCCACUGCUCAGCUCUGGCCUACAUGCUGCAGAUGUCAGACCAGGUCCUGGAGGAGUUGAACCUGUAUAAAUACAAGACAUCAUUGGAGGGUCGACGGCGACUGAUCCCAGCUGUGAAGAACUGCAAGAAAGCUGUGCUUUCUGGCUGUGGACUCUCUGAUCCUCACUGUGAAGUGAUCUCCUCAGCGCUGAAGUCUGACCCCUCCCAUCUGAAACUUCUAGACCUGAGUAGGAACAACCUGGAGGAUUCAUCAGUGGAGAUUCUGUGUUCUGGACUGGAGAGUCCAAACUGUAAACUGGAGACUCUGAGGUUGUAUAGCUGCAGGUUGUCAAAGAUCAGCUGUUCUUCUCUGGCCUCAGCUCUGAAGUCCAACCCCUUCCACCUGAAGGAGCUGGACCUGGAUUACAACCAGCUGCGGUCUCCAGAUGUGCAGCAGCUGGUUGAUCUUCAGCAGAGUCCAGACUGCAGCCUGCAGACUCUGAGCUGGAGCUACUGGGAGCAGAGCUUCAUCCAGAGGACCCACCAGAAGCUCUGAGUGCCAGUGGUGUAGUGUGAAGAGCUGUGAAAGUCCAGCAUUGAACCAGGGUUCCUCUGGAUGUGACAAAGAAUCAUCACUGUGUCGUCGUCCUCCUCCUCCUCCCUGUUUGAGACAUUCCUCUUUCUAAUCAAUCUCAUCAUCUUGUUGUUUCUAAAGAACUGAUGUUAGCUGGAAAUGUAAAAUCAGUUUGUAAACUGAAAUCUGCCAGGAAAUUCUUUGUUGUUAUCAAGCUGUGGGAGCUGUGGGGGGUCGGUUUUUAUCAGUGCACCAACAGCGACCUUCUCAAGGAGAGUUGAGCUUCUCCAGACUCCGUUUAAACAUCUGAGCUCAACUCACAACUUUUACUUCAUUGACAAUUUAAACUUUUUUGGAACCGCCCAGCUUUUUAUGGACAGGACGGACUUCACCUAAGCCACUAGGCAGCUCUAUUUUAACAGGUGACAUUCAGCACACAGUCCACACAUCCCCCACUGACUGACUGCCUUCUGAACAAGCAUGGUAAAUAUUGCUUUGUUAACUUAAGUAUUUUUCUAAGGAUUAAAAUUAUAUCUGUAUUUAUUUAUUGACAUGUUGGGAAAAAUUGUAUUUACUUGAAUGAGUUCUGCUCCCGGGUGAUGCUAUGUCAGUGGAAGGUUUACACAUCUGAGCAGCUGAUGCAGAAUAUCACCUCAAUGUGUAAAGUGUGUCCUAUAAAAGCAAGAUAUGAAAGGACAGCCAUAAGCAGGCCAAAGCGGUACGUUUUAUUUUUCCAUUGCAAACAUGCAUUUAUGCUGAUAUUGGUGUAAUCACUUCUGUUACAGUUUGUGUUUUGCAUUCUGUUAUCAGUUCUACGGUGUUUGGUGUGGGUGAAACCAGUAAACAUCUGUGAAAAAGGGCCUCACGCCGUCGCGUUGUGGCUGAGGCCGGCAUAGCAGAACGCUGCACUGCUCCGAGUGAAGAUGAUGAUGCGCCGAAGCUUCGGACCGCCGCUGCUCACAAGACGUCUGGCUGCUGAGGGUAGUGCCGCAUCAUGAGGUUGUUAAUGACACAGUGAACAAGUGACAGUUGAACAAUCAAGCAGCAGGUUUGUGCCUGAGAUAUCAUUCAAUCACUUGUGAACUGUUCUUGAAGCUAUACAGGCGUUCAUUACUCCAACUUUUACAAGGAUCAGCAACAGAACAUCUUAAAUCCACCUAAUAAUUCUGGGACAUCAAGAUUUCUUUACAGGUGUUCAAGUCAAGGGGCAUUUAUUUUUUUUUUAAUUUUUUUCCUUUGUGAUUAGAUUCAUUGUGAUGUUUUGAUCGUCCAGAAGAACUGCUUUGAAAUAUGUGACACAGAAUGUUUUACUGUUGUUUGAUGAACAUUUGUUUUCGGUUAUUUUUCACACACAUAGCCACACAAAGUAUUUAUACACCAUCAUAAGCUAUUUUAUGGUCAUGUAUGCAUCAUCUAUUUGACAUGUCAGACAAAUAUCAACCUACAACACAGUCCACAAAGAAGUUAGCUGGGCAGAAAAUGGCAGACAAGAAAACAGCAAUGAAGAACAAAUCAUUCAAGAGCAGCGUGUUGAAAAUGUCCAGCAAUCUCAGCGAGCAAUAACUUAGCAAUAAUAUAUCCUUCCCCAAGAUGUUUGCAAAAGCCAGCUCACACACGCUCUUACUGAAAAAGGAAAAUCCCUGCAGGAAGCUAAAUGAAAGGAUCUCAAAAGAGACUUUGAGCGAACCUACAAAAAAUGGAAGUAUUGUUGGGGGACGCAGGGAUGGAAUAUCCCUCUGAACGACUCAUGUCAAAGAUGAUUGGAAUCAUUUUUUCUGAGUACUGUCUGCUCCACAAAAGGAGGGGCCCCUCCCCCACCUUGGUCCCAAGCCAUUUUGUGAUCCCAAACCAAGUCAAAAUGGCUGCCCCAAAUGGCUGCCCCCCUCAAGCCCCCUCCAGACAAAGACGGGGGGAGGGGGGUGCUCCCCCCCCACCACGAGGUCCCUCCGGACACAAAGACGGCCCUUUUCAGCUCCUCACAGCGUGGGGAAAUGGUACUUGGUGGUGCAAUACCACUGUCCCACCUCAUGAGGGCGCUCGUGACUCAGAUCGCCUUCUGAUUGGCUGAGCGACCGUCACUCAAAAGCCUGAGACCCUGCCUAGAUCGUUGGUCCACUGCAACGUUCUAUCAGGAAGACGCAAAAAACCAGCGUCUCCUCAAGGAAUAACCAGGCCCGAAGCCUCGCUGGCGAGACAACGGAACCGACCUUUCCCUUUAUCACCGGUGAACUUUCCCCAACGGAGCAGCUGCCCUACAGCGGACCGAGCUCCCUGCCGGCACCACCAGCUGUGCAGCGCCUGCAACUCCGCUUCUCCCCCACAGCCACAGAGGGCCCGGACAGAAGAACCGGACCCUUCUUUCCUUCACGGGAGACCCCAAAAGAGUCACUUAAGUCAGACUGGACGAAAUUGAGACCAAGGGGAGGACGACGGUCCUCCCUCCCUAUCUGCACCCAUUGGGGCAGGAACGCACACAGAGCUGUGGCAGCAGCUCUUGUCAGCC